CUAUUUUAUUCCACAGAUUUGGUUGUAAAUGCCAAAAUGGUCUCAGAGGAAAUAGAGUCACGACCUGGAUCCGGACAUGCGUAUUAUCUUGGGGAGGCCGUCAUACGUAUGGGGAACUUCUGGGUUCACGUAGGGGCAGAAACGCAUUACAUGAAUAUUGGGGGGAAAGUGGAAAGAUGGGGACCGGCGUUCCAGAGGAAUUACAUCGCUAAGUUCGGAAAUGAAAAGGUCCCCGUUGCUGUACGCAUCUUAAAGCAAGACAGAUACAGAAUGGCAGUACAUAUCAGUCAUUUGGCUACGAUUGUGAUCGCACGCUUCAACAACCAUCUAGACGUAUUGGUCACCAAACUUGAUGAAUCUCUCUGGCCUGCUGGUGGCAUUGUUGGUCAAGCAAUGACAGUCGAGGCUUCACUGACCAUGGAUCAGAACGACGAGAAACUGGGACAACUCAAAUUUGAGGGCUUUAACGAAUACCAGACCGUGGAGUUGCAAAAUAGAUCCAAGAUGGGUGCUCUAGAGAAACAAGAAGAAUACUUUGGCCACAGAGUUGACUGCUGGCACAAGGAUGGCAUACCCAUUGGGAAAGUACAUGAUUUUAAAGUUAAAGACUUGUACUCCAGGAAGACUAAGAUUGCCAAAUAAAGUAAUAGAUGGCGCGAUGGAAGAGACUGCAAAUCCUGAAUAUGAAGUAUAUAAGAGUUUUUAGUCCGUGCAGUGUAAGACGGACUAGUACUCAUAGCGCCCUCUUUAUAAUGAAUGACAUGGGCACUCUUGACCAAAGAUUUAAGUGCUACUCUCCCAGCAAUUCGUCCAGUGCAACAAUAGCCGACUUUUGACGGAAAUACAACUGGGACCUUAAGUAGGUCAACAUUAAACAUCUACUAGAGAGAGGUUAAGGCGACUUAGUUGCACUGAACGAAUUACCCGAAUUUAUAAUUAUAUACGUAUAUACGUAUGUUUGUUAUAUUAAAUACAUAUUUAAAAACUCAAUUGUAUUUAUAUAUAUAUGUAUAUGUAGAAAGCUAAUAAGCCGAAUAUUAUAAUCAUUCUGUAAUAUUUUGUAAAAGGCGCUAUAAAAUUUCUUCCUAGGAGAACUCUACUUUUGACAGUGCGGGAUUUUACAACGUGUUAUAGACUAUAAAUGUACAUAGAUAAG